UCGGUUUUUCAAUCCAGUUGCGUGCUUCUUCUCCUUCUUCUUGCUUGUGUAUUCUGUAUAUUUACAUUUUUUAAAUGCCAGCGUUUGGGACAGACAUGUAAGAUGAGUACAGUGAAGUUAUUAGGUGUGUGGGUACGUCGUCACGUGAAUCAUGGGUGUUUUAAUCGCUUUAACACGCGGAUAAAUAAUUAUGAAGCACCACGAUGUGUGUUGUGUCCUGGAAGGGAUUUCUGUACAGUUUCAGCAAAAGAUACAGACGCUCCUUCUGGGAGGAGACGGGGACUGAGAGCUGCGGAUAUCGCAGAAAAGCUUAGGAGUGAAAAAGAGAAAGGGGCGAAUAAUAAGGUUCCGGAGUCUCCUGUACAGAGGAAUGGGGCAGAGCUGAAGAGGUUCACUCAGCAGCUCCAGUCUGUCCAUCCAAAUGUCUUCGCAAAAGCACUUUCCAAAAGUAUUCUGUACCAAGACCAAACCCUCAUUGCCAUAAAUAAACCCUAUGGAGUCCCAGUAUACAGUACUGGAGGCGUCAGAAACAGCAUUGCCGAGAGCCUGCCGGUCCUGUCCAAGAUUAUCGACGGCGAGAAAGGAGGAUCCGAACUGCACGUCUGUUACAAUCUUGAGAAGGACACCACGGGCGUUCUGUUCCUCGCCAAGACGGAGGAGAAUGCAGAACGGAUACACAACCUCAUCAGGUUGCAUCAAGCAGAGACGAGAUACAUGGUGAUCACCGUCGGUGUCCCUGUUCCUUCUGAAGGUGUGAUCGACAUCCCCAUCAUUGAGAAGGAGGUCAUGGGGAGCCAGCCUCACUUUAAGAUGGGACUGAGUCCGCUGUACAGGCCGACUGAGGAGGGGGACGGGCUGGUCCGCGUGAGAGCACACCGGCAAGCGCAGAGCGCCGUCACGCGAUACAAAGUCCUGGACAGCAGCUCAGGGUGCAGCUUGGUCGAGCUCCAGCCAAUCACAGGAGUGAAACAUCAGCUGCGGGUUCACACAGCGCUGGCUCUGGCUUGUCCUAUCCUCGGAGAUCACAAGUACGCCCACUGGAACAAGCUCGCUCCUCAGAAGUUACCGGAAGGCGUGCUGCGGCGGCUUGGACUGGAGCAGAGCAAAACCCGACACCUUCCUCUCCACCUCCAUGUCCGACAGAUCACCCUACCAGGGUUCAGGGGUCACGGUGACCUCACUGUAUCCUGUCCACUUCCAAAGUUCUUCACUGCAGCUCUGAAAAAACUGCAAAUCGAGCUGCCCGAGAAGCCGUAAGAGACAAGCAUCAGCUCGGAUAUGACUGUAAACUCUUUAACUGGAGACCGAGUCAAAAUGAAGUGAGAACAGGAUACACUGACUGGAUGCAACCUUGCAGAUCAAAUUGCUUUGAGACAGGUGUGGGUUGACUUCAGCGAUUAAGGGACUUAAUUUUCUACAGUUUGUUCAGUACAAGACGAACUUUCUGGUUAUUUAAUUAAACCUCAAAUAAAUGGACCUUAAGUUCUAUUCAUUACCGUCUUACCAUUUUUCCCCCCUUGCCCUAUCCUUCCACAAACAGCAACAAAAUAAAGACACUUGCACACAGUUACAGGGACCUCACUGUACAAAAGGCAUGUUUGAAAACACAGGCUUCAAUUUUCUCAGUCUCCAGCACCACUAUAAUAUCAAUACAUAUCAGAUUACCAUAGAUGCAUAUAUAAAAAAUAAAAACAAAACAUGAAGAAAAAAAAAA